AUGUGGCCCUUCAUGAGCCUUCUCUGGGCGUUCGCCACUCUGUCCAGCAUCGUCCAGUCCUCCCCAACGAAUGUCGACGUUCCCAACGCCCCAAAGCCCGCAGCUCCCAUCACGACCCAUAUCUUCACUAUGCAAGACAUCGAAGCCUACUACAAGAAGAACAACGCAGUGGACAUGACGGUACCGAAUGAACUUACGCUCUCAGAGUUGGAGAACCCUCCCAAUUACAACAUUACCUGCCCCGACAGAUGGAAUGUCUACUAUUACAAUUGGUGGCCUAUUCUCAACAUGAUGUGCGACCGCGCAGGGAGCUCUUUGGAUACGGAAAGUUGGGCCGGCACCUACGCUGGUUCUGAGACAAGGAUAGAUAGAGCCAGGUCCGUCACGCUCAAGUGGACAAAGACGGGUGACAAUUGCAAAGGAAACUGCAUACAGGCCUUUAGCACCCUGCGUAACGAUGGCCCGUGCCGCGGCCUGGAGUUCUGGAUGAAGGAAAAGAUAUACAUGGACUACGAAGGCUGCGGAAAGGCUUCGUUCAUAUAUCAAUACCAAGACCAACCGGCACUGGAGAACGGGAAAGGCGAAUGCUGGAACUCCAAGGACUGGAGGCCGACCUACCUGCCCCUGCGGCCGAUUGUUGCAGAGUUCUGCCUGCACGCCGUCUCGCGCAUCCGAGAGAGGGGAGCCGUCAAUUUUGUCGACGACGUCGUAGAGGCUGGCCAGGACGGCUUUUAUUGGACGAGUUAUGACCGCCAGGUCGACAACCCGUAUGAGACUGGCAAGCUCUACGACACCGGCAUGCUCCACUUCUGGGCCAAGCCGAUACUGAAUCCCCUUUCUUGUCCGAAAGGCAAAUCUGCGCAAGCGAUCAUUGAGGAUGAAGAGAACGGACUCAACGAGGCGAUGUGUAUCAAGCACAUAUUGUCGAUUGAGAAUAUGGACUGUGGGGCACCGCUUGGCAAAAGCGCCGGAGGACGGGUAUGGGCUGACUGUUUCGAGUGGGGGAUUGAAGCUUCUGGAUACGAUGGGAUCAAGGUUGACUCGUGA